AUGGAUAUAUCUUGCAUUCAGGCAUAUGCUCUAAGCUUGGAGGAUCAUGAACGACAACAACGAGCAGACCGAGAUCGUGAUAAGGAUCAGCAUAAGAGGGGCAAGUUUCAGGGGCCGCAUUAUGAUCGAUUUACUUACUCUGGACCUGGUCAGAGUUCACGGGCAUCAAACUCGCAGCAUAGAGGGGAUUCUAGUCAGGCAAGACCUUCCGUGACUCGAUGCGAUCAGUGUGGAAAGACUAUUGUUGUGGCCGAUGCCCUUAGCCGCAAAUCCAUGGGAAGCCUGUUACACGUAGAUGCUGAGAAGAAAGAGCUAACUAAAGAACUACAUCAACUAGCUAGUUUUGGAGUUAGGCUUAUGGACUCAGACGAUGGAUUGCCUCGUUCGUAUUGUAAGUUUGAUUCUAUUUGGGUAGUCAUUGAUAGGCUAACUAAAUCAGCCCAUUUCCUGCCAGUCAAGACUACUUACACAGCAGAGGACUCUGAGAAAAUGUAUGUUAAAGAAAUAGUACGCCUACAUGGUAUUUCUUUAUCUAUUAUAUCGGACAGAGGAGCUCAGUUUACAGCAAAUUUCUGGAGGUCCUUUUAG